UUUGCGGAAAGGACUUUUUAUUGAAUAAAAAGUACACCACCGUCUCCCUAGAACUAUAUUAUCUCUACCUAUUUCUUGCUUUCGAAGCUAGUACUUGCUUAUCUUUCAUCCAUUACUCCUUCCUGGCCCAGAAAACUCCUCAAGCUGUUGUUGCUAAGUUUGUCGGGACCACUGGUGUCAUUGAUGCGUUGCGCAACAAUGUCUAGGCCAUAUUUUUCGGGUGUCUUCUAACGAUUUUGUUGAUUCUGCGAUUUUAUAAAAGAAAGCAGUACACAAUCAAAAGCUAUUGUUGGAAGCGGUAUUUGAUGGCAGCAGCGAUGAUUUCUUUGAACAUCUUAUUCUCAGGAAAUAGCAUUAUAGGUCUGUGGUGUGGUUGGGCAAAAAUAAGUAUUAAAAAAAAAUUUUACUUUGUUUUAAUUUACUGAAUUUACAGAUAAUCUUUGUUCCCUUAAUGUUAUGCAAUAUAUGCUGUUUGGGAUAUCUUUUUGCGGAUCAAUUUAGUGAAAGGGAAGUCCCAAUUCACUACAGACUGUCGAAGACUACUAAGAUCACCACAGCUCAGAAAGUAUUCAUGGUUUUCUUUUUUGCAACCACAGAAGUCUUCUACAUAGCUCUAAGCUUCAUUGCCUUGGAUCCGUUGGCCGAUGAGUAUGUGUCUUCGGGGUUUUUCUAUACAACUCGAUUCAUCUGCCCUGCAAUCAAUAUCCUCGCAAUUCCAAUUGUCUACGUGGCUUUCUUGGCUUAUAACUCUGAAGAGUUUGCAUUCAGUGGACUGGAGCCGACAAGUGGAAGAUUUUGGCAUGGAGUGUACAAGCGGAUUGAGAAGUCUGGCGAAUGGGAGUAUAUGGAGACACGAGAACCCGAUUCGUUACCUUCUUAGGAUUAAAUGUUCUGUUGCUCACUGGUUUUGACCUGGUUUUUCAAUAAAUACUACUUUGUCAAGAUCAGCAAGAUCUAUCAUACACCUCGAAUAGUUCAGCACAAAUUAGUGGAAACUAGGGAUCGCAGUCAUGCGCCAGUACGCCUGCCGCCUGCUUCGCGCCGCGAUCCGCGCAUUCUGUUUUUUUUUUUUUAUCAACUUGUUAAAUUUUUAGAAUUUCUGAGAAAUAUCAAUUUUAUAAAUUAACAUCACAAAAAUCAACGCUUAAAUUGAAUAACAAUUAUUUGAAAUGCGCUGCGACGUCACAAAAUUUCAAAAAAUAUUUUCCAGCCAUUUCGUGUGCAGUGGAGCAAUAGGACAUCCUGACACCAGGUGAUACCUGCGAAAUUUGGAAACUAACCAUAUCAAUUGGAAAGUCCCAUCAGAUUUGCUCAUCUAUCAUCACCAACUCGUCCUCCAAAUGUGUACCUGGUGCAAUAUUCGAAUCGAUAUUAAAAGAACGCUGCCUUUUUACUUAUUAUAGGACCCCUCAUCUCUCUUUCCCAUUCCUCUGCUAACAAUUUACGAUGAAGGUCGAUUCUAUCUGCCAGAAUUCAAAUUCUGAUGGAUUCAUUCCUUUCCCUCUUCUCCGUCUUCCUCUGAAAACCCUGAAAAGUGUUCUACUCGAAAUGGGGCCUAUUGAACGAACAAUUUUCUCAAUGCUUUCGGAUAAAACAAAGGAUUACACAAGGACGCUUUGCAUUUUCAAAGGCUUUCAUCUUUCGGUCAACGUCUCCGACUCUUUAAUGUGUGACUUUACCAUCAAUGGCAAUGAUUAUUACUUUUUCUCGUUUAAGAACGGAGAAGUUAUAGUAAGAAAACGAAAUCAAGAAAACAUUACGUUUACUGCGCCACCGUUUGAUGAAAGGAGUUGGCUCGAUCAUUUUUUUCAUAUCUUUAACCCAUCUGCAAUUUAUCUUAUGUUUCAAUACUAUAAUAGAAAAUUUGAUGAGCCACAAUUUCAAAUUGUCCAGGAAUGCUUAAAAGGGCAAAAAAUUGGGUACCUCUUCAUUGGCUUGACUUCUGAUCCCGAAAUGAAGCACAUCGUCAGCAUCUUGAACGCUUUCUUGCCAGUGGAUAACGUUUACGUUAAUACUAACCAAAAUCUACAAUUGAACUCUAAUCAACUAUCGACACUGCGUCAAAUUAUGCCCUGGAACUUCAAAGAUCUUACUAUAACUGUGAAUAUACCAUUGAAUGAUCUACUUCUUUUAAACUGCGUAUCCCUUAAAAUUAGGAGUAAACAGUUGACAGAAAAGGAUUUGAAUUUGUUCUUGAAAUAUUGGAUAGCCGGACUGAAACCAGAACUUGAAUAUCUUAACUUCGUGGGAAAUGGCCCAUCGCUUAACCAGCAAAAUGUUCUGGAAGGAAUUCCUUAUCAGUUGGGGCCUGUUGAGAGGGAGUUCGAAUUAUAUCAAAUGGACACUGAGUUUGGAGGAAUCGAUAUCCAAAUGGCCGGGGGUGCCAAAGCAACGCUGGUUUUUUGUCCGAGAAAUGCCCAGUUCACGGUUACUCUUCAUAAUUCAAAGUAUAUAUCCUUCAAUUGAGUUUACUGUUUUUUUUUUGUAACAAAAAAUAAAGUUUAAUAUCUCUUUUUU